AUGCAAGGCGCCCUCCGUCCCCUGGCCAACUUUGCGUGUAUCACUCUUUGCGUCGCUCGUAUUCACCGUGGAAUCCGCCGAGAGGAAGUGUGUUUAUACAACCGCGGAGUAUAUGCACAGAAGGCGAAGGUGGUUACCAGCAUCGACUUCAACUUCCACGACUCCGUACAUAUCGGAUGGAUACCUCCACACACGUGUCGAGAGGGUGCGACGGGCAAGGUUUGCAUGGUUGAGAAGUCCGAACAGGCGACGGGGUCCAUCAUGAUAUCCGGCCUCGUCACAGCAGCGGCAGAGAUCCAACGGUUGCACGCAGACUUCCACCUCGUCCAGGCCCAGAAGAUGGAAAAGAUGGCGAUGGAGAGACCGGCCAGCAGGCGACGACACAACUCGCAGCGGCGGCUUCAGCAGUCAGACGACGAUGACCAGCACCAGGAUGAAGACGCUGGCCCUUCGACCGCGGGGACAGGGGGACGGCCAGAGACAGAAACUCGACGGGCUCCUCUGAUUGGUCUAUGGCCCUUUGUCGGUUUGCUCUGCUGCAUCUCGACACUCCUCGUCUUCUUGAAGCUGCUGGGACAGUGGCAGCAAGGGUCGGUUGCGAACAUCGCUGGCGUGGGCGUUCCUCUCGACACUGCGUCGCCCUGGAGCUCCCUCCUCCAUCCGGAGGACCAUGUCUUCCGUGGACGUACUACUGUUCGGCUGGACUGGACCAUUACGACGGAUUAUCGUCGCUUGGACGGAGUACGGAAGCGCGUUUAUCUCAUCAAUGGCAUGUUUCCGGGGCCGACCAUCGAGGCUCGGUCGGGGGACAGACUGAAUAUCCAUGUCGUCAACAACCUCGAAGAUGAAGGCGUAGUCCUUCACUGGCACGGUCUACACAUGAGAGGUGCAAACCAUAUGGACGGAGUACCAGGGGUCACCCAGUGCCCAAUAGUUCCGGGGGGUUCUAUGCUAUAUAACUUCACCAUCUCCGACUCCCAGAGUGGGACGUUUUGGUAUCACGCACACUCAGGCCUGCAGCGAGCAGAGGGUCUAUAUGGUGGACUCAUAGUGCAUAAGCCGUCUGUACCGGCUAUUCGAGCUGCACGGAACCAACUAGGACAGACGGAUAGCCUGAAAUAUGGGUAUCAACAGGAGCACCUCCUCCUAAUCGGAGACUGGUACCACCGUCCAGCCCACGAAGUAUUGGCCUGGUUCCAGUCUUCAACUUCAAACGGACAAGAGCCCGUCCCGGAUUCUCUGUUAAUCAACGGUGCUGGGAAGUUCAACUGUUCAAUGGCACCACCCGUACGGCCACUCGACUGUGUCGACAGCGGAUCACUUGCGGGUGUGAGUCUUGGCUUUGAGCAUGGGGUUAUAAACCCCAUCCAGGUUGACGGUGGGACAGACGUUGAACAGCCGUCUCAGACGCCAAAUGCCCAUUCAAUAGGCAUAGUAUACCCCGGUCAGCGAAUGGAUUUCGUUGUCCAUAAUGUUGUAGGAGAGUCUACACGGUCUUCUAUGACAGUGGAGCUUGAUCCAGAGUGCUUCAAUCUCCCGAAUCCGGCACUUACUCACAUACAAACAUUCCCUAUCACUGACUCUUCACAACAAUCCAAACCGAAUUCACCCUCCAAACCUCUGUCAGACAAUCCAAUUGGGGAGCCUGGAAGACAUGUAGACCUUGCAGAGUUGGUUUCUACGCCAGCUACAACCUCUCAAAUACCUGCGCAAGCAGACCAAACCUUCGUUGUGUAUACAGUGUUGUCGAAAUUAUCGGCAAAUCGCAAUGCUCCUUAUGGAUUCUUCAAUCACACAUCCUGGCGCCCGCAGGCAGAUCCACCCUUACCCCUGAUCGCGCUGGAACCCAAGGACUGGGAUAAAAACCAGUUCGCGGUCAGGACAAGCAGCGAGCCUGCAUGGGUUGAUUUAGUUGUCAACAACCUGGACGAAGGGCCGCAUCCCUUUCAUAUUCACGGCCACGACUUUUACGUUCUAUCGCUUUACGAAGCGGAAACAGGCUUUGGUUCGUACAAUCCAUGGGAUCUAGACGAUAACCCAUCCUCGGCACCGCCGUACGACUAUUCAAAGGCAAUUCUCAGAGACACAGUGCAUAUUCCCGCACGGGGCCACGCAGUACUAAGGUUCCGAGCUGACAAUCCAGGAGUGUGGCUGUUUCACUGCCAUAUCUUGUGGCAUCUCGCUAGUGGCAUGGCGAUGUUGGUCGAUGUGAUGAACAACGGCUCAAGGUCGUUGGAUCUUCCGAGUCAUACUUGUAGCUAUCUAGCUUGA